UUUCAUCGCUUCUCAGAGCUUCCUUUGGAGCUCAGGGAGGAAAUCUGGAAACUCACAAUUCGUCCCAACCGCCCGGGAGUUCAUGCCUUCAGCAUCUACAGCAGUAAGGAAGAUGAAGAUGCCAUCGACGAAAUGAACGAUGCCAGAAUACCCGCUGCAUAUUACCCCGAUCUUCGCCUGGCAGCUCCGCAGCUGGCGCUCCGGUCUAUCGACAAUCCUUCAAGCAAACGCAAAGACACAACGGCCUCGUGGACCGUAAACAACCCAUCAACAUACCUUAUCGACGGAGGCCUCUGGACGGCUUGUAAAGAAUCGCGGUUAAUUAUGGAACGCCACUUCUGUACUCAGGAAUGGAAUGCGAUUCGAAAUCAUUCCUUUCAGAGCUUUAGAGAUGCCCAACGUCAGGAGUCCGUACCGGCAAUGGGAUGUUUCAACGAGAAGGAUGCUGGCGACCACUACUUUACAGUUUUCCCAAAUCAAGACCUCUUUUUUCUCCAACCAUACAACCUCAACACUCUUGACUGGGGAAGAGUGUCUCACGACAUAUCCAUUGCUUCAAUGUGGAAUGGUUUCGGGGGCCUGAAGCAUGUCGCCCUGGAAUUUAACCCAAGCUGGGCUCUGGAACUC